AUGACUGUGAACGCUCUAGCUCUUAAGACGUCCGAGACGUCCAUCAUACUCAUAUCAGCUGGUAAUGGGAUACCGCCGCCCCCUCCAACACGCUUGCCUCCCGCACCAUCCUGCGUUGGAGGUGGCAUGCAGCUGGCUGUGCUGCCGCCGCAAUAUAAACGUAUGACGCUGCCCUAUAUGAAGUCGGGAUCUCUGCUCUAUGCCCAUCCGGCCAGUUUAACAGGCACCUAUCGCACCCCUAAGAGCACCAAAUCAGCGGAGUUGAAUGGACAGCGACGUCGGUGUCGUGUCGCUGGCAAGACAGAUGGGAUUCGCCGCCAACGCCGGAGGUCCGAGCCGGAUGUUUUGGUUGGGGCAGUCACUUUUCAAUAUACAGGCCUGGAUCGUGCGAUAGCUGACAAUUUCCUGGCACGCCAGGAGCAAUCGCAAGCAAGCUGCCACAUUGAUUACUCUUCAUCCACGUCUUCGCCGCACAGCGAUAUCUACAGACAGCAAGCAGUUGCUGGCUCCCAUGCCACAAGUAAAGCAAAGAUUGUUUGCCGCGAUGUGGUGAUGUAGUAUUGAGCAAUUAGGCCCGAGUAGUCCCAAAUUACGUUCAGCAAUAUCUUCUCCAAGUAACUGCCAUGACCCCUUUUUUUCAAAUUCUAUGCACAGUGAGAUCCGGACAAUUCAAAAUGACACGGGACUAACAUUUAUUUUACGGAUUCUCGAUUUGUCGAGAUUUUCAUUUAACGAGGCUCAAAAAAUGCCAGCUUGUUUUUGGGGUAUGCAAAAUAAACUCAUUUUUGUGUAGAAUUGGCGUGAUUGUUGAUAGAGCUAUUUUAAAUUAUUUUACCACCUCGAUUCUCGGCGUUACUAUCUGCAAAACCUAAAGGUAGUUUAA